UAUUCUGUAAGGCUUGAUUCACACACGCCGAUUAUUUUUUAUUUAUUAUUAUUAUUAUUAUUUUUGAGUUUUGUUGUUAUCAUUUGUCAUAUGUAACGGCUGAUCUUUGUAAUAGGAUUCGAUUGUGAAUAAAAUGUCUUCAUCACAUCAAAAUGAUGGUGCACAAGCCAAUGCUAACAUUCCCAUAAGUGUAUCGUUGAAUCCUGGGGUUGGUUUGCGACAAUCAACUCAUCAACAACCAGCUGGUGCGACGACAUUCAUUUUAAAUCCAUCACCUAGUACUACGACUGCCGCUGCUCAUCAACAAAGUACCAUGAUCCAUAGUGGUAAUUUUGGCUAUCAACAGCAGCAACAACAACCACCAAUAAAUUCAAUGAUUGGAGCACCGAUUAUGAAUACACAACAACCACAGUUUCAUCCCAAUCAAUCCCAACCAAUGGUUAUGGUCAAAACAGAAAUUCUUGCCAAUCAAAACAACACUGGAUCAUUCACGACCAUGCCACCAGUGACCACAGCUGCCCUUUUACAACAAACAAAUACAUUCACAGCUAAAUCAUCGGUUGCAACCCCUAAUGGACAACAGAAAAUCGAUAACGAAGCGAUAGAUAAGAACAACAAGAGCAUUCAAAACAAUGAAUCGAAAUCACCGGUGCCACCACCACCACCACCUGUAGUUGCUCUAGAUAAACAAAGACUCAAAGAAUUGGUUGAGCAAGUAGAUCCAAAUGAACAAUUGGAAGAAGAAGUGGAAGAUGUGCUGCUAUCGUUGGCUGAUGAUUUUAUCGAAUCAUUGGUUUCGCAAGCAUGUAUGCUAGCUAAACAUCGAAAAUCCAAUCAUUUAGAUGUGAAAGAUGUUCAACUAGCGUUAGAUAUGAAUUGGAAUAUGUGGAUACCCGGAUUUGGUGUUGAUGGAGUCGUUGGUGUAUAUAGUGGUGGUGCCGGCAGUAGUUCAUCAUCUAACGUAGGUCAGCAGCAACAGCAACAAAUAUCAGCCGCAGGCUCUGGUACUCCUCAUAUUUCCGGCAGUAACAGUGUCGGAUCCGGUAACAGUGCUGUUGCCGGUAUGGCCAUGAAUCGUGGUCCUAAAAAAUGUCUUAUCACUGAAGCACAUAAACAACGUUUGGCAUUGAUUAAAAAAGUCAUGAAAAAGUUUUGAAAUUCUUAUCACAUGAAUGCACAGUGAAAAUAAUCAUAAUAAAUUUUGUCCUUAAUCAUUUUCAUACACUA